CCCUCUCCCUCUCCCUCUCCCUCUCUCUCUUCUCUUCUGUUCUCCCUCCCUGCCCCCUCUCUCUCUCCUCUCCUCUGUCCCCUCUCCCCUUUCUCCUCUCUCUUUCUCUCUCUCUCUCUCCUUCUCCUCUCCUCCCCUCCUCUCUCCCUCUCCUUCUCUCCCUCUCUUCCUCUCUCCCUGCUGUUCCUUCCUCUAAUUCUUCCUGGUUUGUGAUCCUGUCAAGGGUAAUUGGAGCUGAUCUUUCCAUUAAGCAAAUAAUUCACAUUCUAUGUCCCCUAGGAUGCUUCUGGUUUAAAUAGCUGGCUUCUAUACAGUCAUACUCAACUAACUAACCCCAAUUUAAUCAGAAAGUAUAAGCCGUUUGAUCCCUAUUUAUCCUUCAGUCCCAGAUUCCUGAUGUAUAUUCACAGGGAUUUUAGGCUCUUUGGUCUGGUCCAGUCUGUCAAUCAGCCAAUCAAUGAGCAUUUCUUACCUUGUGUCAGGCAAUGUCUCAAGCCCUGCUUGAGUAUUCUAGAGCUGCUAAAAAGACAAAUAAAAACACAGUUCCUGCCCUUAAGGAGCUCACAUUUGAAAGAGGAAGAGAAUGAGCAAACAUAUACAUACAGUGAAGAUAGAAGGUAACCUAAUAGGGAAGGUGGAGGGGGGAGCAGGGAGGAAGGUAGAAAGAGAAGGCGUCUUGCACAAAGCAAGACCUCUAAAAGAUUCUUACAUUUUGCAGAUCAGGAAACCGAGGUCUAGAAAAGUGAAGUGACAUGUCCAAAUGCACAGCUAGUUGCAGAGACUGAAUGAAAACCUAGGUUUCUUGAUUCCCAAACCAGUCUUCCUCCACACCACUCAAUGCCAUCUCCCUCAGAAAAUGCAAACUCGCUUUUACAUCAAACUGAACAAAGGUUAACAAUGGACAAACCAUGGGACUCAGUGUACUUGUCACAUCCAAGUCACCAGUAAUAAACUGGACAAAUAAACACAUUUGUUCAGCCAUCAAAAGCACUCGACCAUCAAAUGACGGAAAUCUUUUGUACAAUAACCAUUCACAUAAGAUGAUAUCAAGAUGUCCAUGGUGACUGACCGAUCACCUCCAACCGGACACACGAAGGCAUUUGGCUCACUUGGAGUAACUCGCUCCAUUGCCAAAUAAAAAUUUGUGAGUUACUCAUAAUAUUUCUUUUUGAUCCCAAAGAGCUUCCUAUUAAAGUCCAGAAGCAAGAGUAAUUGCCGGUCAAAUCCUUUCCCAUCACAGAAUGUCAAAACCGAGAAAGCAAUUAGUCUAGCAUCCUCCUUUUCCAGAUGAAAAAACUGAAGGAAAAAAAAGGUUACACUUCACACUCUAGCUACAUGUUAUCGCUGAUUAGAGUUUGUCACACAACUUAAAUUGAUACAAAAUAACCAACUCAGGCUCCUCUCUCUGCUGAAGCUUGGUCCCACUGGUCAGAUAGGAGGAAGGACUUGGAGAGGCUCACUAACUCAGGCUAUGCUCGGGAUCAGAGCCGAAAGUAGGGAAAGGAGAAAAUAAGGUCCCCAGUGGAGUGGGAUCUUUGAUAAAAGACUUCGCACAAUGAGCCGGGACAGACCUCCUCGGAGGCUCCCCAGGUCCCAUAUUCAGGGCCAGAGACCCCAUAGAUACCCUACCCCACCCUCACAUCCUGAGCUAAGGAUGGAGAAUAUACAUCUGACAUACAUUUCCACCUUCUUCUUCCUUCUCUGGAUACUGCCAUCCAGUAUUCUAGAGCUGCUAAAAAGGAUUCAAAGGUAGCCAAAGACACCCGGAUUCUUCUAGGUUCUUCCCACUCCUGAGAGCUGAAAGCCCUGGCUGUCUAAAAUUCCCCAGCUCUGUCCUUCUUCCCAAAGCUGAGAAACACUGGAGAGGGUGGCCGAGAAGUCCUCCCUGGUACUGUUUAAUAAAGUGUCGCGGUGGGUGUUUGCCCCUGCAAAAGGGGGCGAGUGUAUGGCCUUUUAAGAUGGCUUAGGGGCUCGCUCUUGCCACACCUAAGGAGAGGACUGGUUAUCUCUACCAGCAGUGGGAUCAUCACCUCAUAAGGCCCCCCGGCACAGGGCCGUAAGGGAGACGGUGAUGGGAGCCCUUGGGCCCCCUCCCUCGCCUAAGGCUAAGAGUUAUCUCAGUUCCACGGGAAGUGGUGGUGGAAGGUGCUCCCUUAUGCUCCUCCCUGAGAGUUUUCUGAGGGAAGAGGUCGGCCCCAGACCCUUCCCGGAGGAAGGGGUUAAGGAGGCUGGGCCCAUGGUCACAGAGACAGAGCUGCAGUGUUUAUUCAGGAAAACAGGUCAGACUUGGCCGCCGCAGCCCCUGCGGGCUCCUCCCAGAAGGACGGAGCUCCAGACAUGAGUAGAGAACAUAGUUUGCCCCUUCUCCCUUUCCCCUGCUCUCCAGAACAAGACAGAGCAACAGGUUCCCACUGGCUGGUGGGACAGGAAGUGAGAAAGGGAGGGAAUGGGGAAGAAGGACAGACAUUGCCCUUGGACCAGCACACCCCAUAGGCUCCAGAUGCAUCAGGACUUUGUGAGAGGAUCUGGAAUAAGGGAAGGAGCAGCCCCUCCUCUCCCGCCACCUUCACUCACCUUAGGUCAUUAAAGGAGCUCAGGAGACAAGUCCGGGGCUGGUCAGGAGGAAGUUCAGCCAAACAGAUCCGUGGAGCUGGAGAGCUGCAGCCCAGCACCUUCAGCCUGCAUCUGUGGAUUUGGACUCUCCCAUCUCCCCCUCACUCCUGUUACUCUGUGCCUCUUGAAGGCACAUGUGGCUCUUCGAGAAAGCAGGCUACAAGAGAGGGAGGGUAGAGCCUGGGACGUCAUGGAGACCCCAUGGUUUAUUCCCCAGCAGAAAGCCCCCUGGGACAUCCUCUUCUGCUUGCCCUAAUGUCCUAACUCCAGACCGAAUACCCCAGUUUUUUAUCCCUCCCAGACUCUCCAACAUGGGGGGCCUUGAACCAGACCCAGAGAGAGAAACAGGCUGGACUGGGGGGCAAGAAAUCCAAGCAGCCUGCUCCUUGCCUCAUCUGGCUGGACAAGAAGGCUGGGCCUUUCUCCUGGAGAGCCCGCACACCCGGCGCCGAGAGUCCCUUUUCCACAUGGCCCCUCUCUCGGGGCCCCCACACAAGCCCCAACUGCACCUCUCGUCCCCAGACCUGCGCCUCUGCUUGGCUCUGGAGAGUGAGCCAGCCUCCUCGCCCGAGCCUUCACCCUUCGGCUCACUCCGGCCAGGCCCCAGCGGGCCCCACCGAGGCUCCCCCAGUCUGCAUCUCCCCGGACCAGGCCUCCUCCCCGCUGAGGAGGAGAGCACCGUGUUUUCCGGUCCCCAAAUUGCCCACCACUUGGGUCCCCCAACACCGCCCCUCUUCCACCUGGACUUUCUAUGCUGCCAGCUCCAGGUGACUAAAGAAAGUGUGGUGAGUCUGGCCCCCCGGGGUGGGCAGCUCCGGCUGUCCGCCGAGUACCAGGCCGGGCUGGGCCAGCUGAGGGUCCGGCUCAUCAGCGCUGAGGGGCUGCCCAGGGGCGAAGGGGACCAGGGAAGCGGCGGCUGCUGCGUCCUGUUUCGGUUAAGGCCUGGAAGCUGGCCGCAGGGACGCAGCAGGGCGGUCAAGUGUAGUUCCAACCCCAUCUUCAAUGAGGACUUCUUCUUUGAGGGGCUUAAGCCCUCUGACCUGGCCACCCACAGUCUGAAGGCCAAAGUGCUGGACAAGGGAGCUGGUCUGCGCAGGGAUGUGCUGCUGGGAGAGUACGAGGCUCCUCUUGUCACCCUCCUCCCUCGCUAGGGCUGGGGGCUGGGGGAGGAGCACCAGGGUCAGCCAAGAACAUGGGAAGUGAUCCUCUCUGGGGGCUCCUAAGAGUGGAGGGUCCUCCCUGGUGCUUCCCCUCCUCAGGACUUUACCCACAUCGCUCUUUCCCCAGUCCUGCCUCAAGCUCUGUCCUUAAUCUCUCCACCUUUUCACUUGUAAUGAAUCUAUUUAUUUUUGUUAAUAAAAUCUUGGUUCAGCCUUCA